GUAGGAAGGUGAGAGAGUGGUGCUUUUUGUUAGCAGAGAUGCGUUAGACUCAACAACUUUAAACGUUAGACGAUUUAAUUUUUAAGCUGUACGCUAACUUUUAUAAGGUUUCUGACAGGGAGUUAACUUUUCCUAAAAUUUGUAGAUAUUUUGUGGCAAUAUAGGUGCUCGAAUUCGAAGUCGGAACGAAUAUUACAUCUGCUUAGUCUACAGCGAAUUGAUAUCUCCUUCAUUGGUGCUGUUGCAAAAAAGGUAGUGACCAUGGCAUCAGCCCUCCUUUCCCCUUCUUGUGGAGUGUUCUCCGACGAAGAUGAGUGUGGGCAUGUGUUUGAGUCCACGGCGGCCGACCUCGGUGGUCUGCUGCGGCCCCAGCCCCCCCUACCAGAGCUCUCCCUCAUCUCCCCGGCCAUGGAGCCAUGCACACCCGCAAGAAAGGCCAAGUCUGGCGGUGAGCGUCGGGGCAGUGGCGACGAGGGCUCGGAGAAGCUGAAGGUGUUCCUGCGCAUCAGGCCCCUCACCCACACGGAGAGGGAGCGCGGAGAGGACCAGGGCUGUGUGUGUGUGGAGGGAGAUGAGACCCUUCUCCUGAGGGCCCCCAAAGAAUCCCACACCAUGAAGUACGCCGACAGGGGCAUCACACAGAGCCUGCACAAGUUCAGCUUCACAAAGAUCUGUGGCACAGAGACGAGCCAGCAGGAGUUCUAUGACGGCGCGAUGAGGGAGAUGGUGCGCGACGUGCUGAGGGGGGAGAACCGGCUGCUCUACACGUAUGGAGUGACCAACUCCGGCAAGACCUACACCAUACAAGGCCAGGGUGCGGAGGCGGGCCUGCUGCCGCGUGCGCUGGUCUCUGUGUUCCUGAAGCUGUCGGGUCGGCUGUACCACGAGCUGGACCUCAAGCCCGUCCUCAGCCAGGAGGUCCGCAAGCUGGACUACAACGAGGUGAAGGUGGAGAGCUUCCGCCGGGACGCACUGCUCAGAGCAGAGGAUGAGCUGUCCUCGUCUCGCCUGCGUAAGGACACCAGCGUGAGCUGGGACAGCGGCAUCGGGGGACUCUCAGCCACCAGCCACAUCGCCACCCAGCUGGAGGAUUCGGACAGCGUGUGCCUGGAGGCGGAGGGGCUGGGUCUGAGCCGCGGUGACGAGCUGGAGGAGGGCGUGCGGGUGUCGGUCUGGGUGUCCUUCUACGAGAUCUACAACGAGUUCAUCUACGACCUGCUGGACACGCCCCUCUCCUCGCAGUGCCGCAAGAGAGCCACGCUGAGGCUCAGCGAAGACCGCCAGGGGAGCCCCUACGUCAAGGACCUGACGUGGAUCCAGGUGCGCAGUGCGGACGAGGCGUGGCGUGUGCUGAAGGCGGGCCGCCGGAACCAGAGCUUCGCCAGCACGCACCUGAACCACAACUCCAGCCGCAGCCACAGCAUUUUCACUAUACGCCUGCUGCACAUCCAGCCCGACCUCAAGGGCACGCGCAUCAGCGAGCUGUCCCUGUGUGACCUGGCCGGCUCGGAGCGCACCAAGGACCAGAAGAGCGGCGAGAGGAUGAAGGAGGCCAGCAACAUCAACACCUCGCUGCACACGCUCGGACGCUGCAUCACCGCGCUGCGACACAACCAGAACAACAAGUCUCGAGCUCCGCAGGUGGUUCCGUUCCGUGACAGCAAGUUGACACGCGUGCUGCAGAACUUCUUCACGGGUCUGGGCCGCUCUGUCAUGGUGGUGAACAUCAACCCGUGUGCCUCCACCUACGACGAGACCCUGCAGGCCCUCAAGUUCUCCGCCAUCGCCACACAGCUGGUGCAUGGUCCGUCCACUAAGACGCGUGUGGCGUACAUCCUGUCUCUGCUGCGCGACCAACAGGAAGCGGGCGUGGCCGACGAGAGCAGCCUGCUGGAGGACGUGGACAGCGAUGACGAGGCGGACGUCACCGUGCUCGACUCGGAUGCUCUUCUCCAGGCCAUUGACGUGUUGAAGCGCGAGGUGCUUCGUCAGCGUCAGGAGAAAGCAGACAUGGAGGCGGCCGUCAGGGAGGAGGUCGUCACGGAGAUGAUGGAGGUCAUCAAUCGCAUGCAGGACGACUUCAGUGAGACGCUGGAGGCCGAGCAGACCAUCAUGGAGGAGCGCUACGAGAAGAAGAUCAGCAACCUCCAGACCAGCCUGAAGAAAUACUACAGCCAGGAGAUAGAGGAGCGUGACGAGACGAUCCGCGAGCUGAACGCCACCCUGGAGACCAGCCGCCUGUCCCUGCGCGCCGAGAGCAGCGGAGGAGGCGUCGUCGCCACGGCGCCCAUCUUCCCGCCGCUGAUGACGUCCGAGGAGGAGGGGGUGGUGCGGCGCUCCCAGAGGCUGCGCUCGCACUCGCAGACCCCGGCCCCGGGCCACACGCACACGCUGCCAGAAAUGCAACAGUGCCGUAUGGAACUGGAACAGUGCCGAGCCGAGCUGGACCUCUGUAGAACGGAACUCAGGCUCAAGACACUCGAGCUUCAGCGCUGCUCCAAGCAGGAGUCCUCCUCCACCACCAACAGUGCCACGGCCUCCUCUGCUGAUCGCAAACUAGAGGAGGGACAAAAGAACCUGCGUGAGCUGCGUGAGGAUCUGCAGCAGCUGAUAGCUGAGCUGCAGUCAGGGGAGAGAGCCUGCUGCAGGAACACAGACGGGGAGAAACUACGCCAGGCGCUCAGCUCUGCAGACGACAAACUCACCAAACAGGAUCAGAUGCUGGUGGAGCUCCACACCAGCCUGCAGCUGGUGAAGGCUGAGCUGAGGCGGAAGGCGGAGACUAUGCCUCCCCCGGCCCCGCCCACUCCCGGCUCGUCCUGUAAGAGGCGAGGGUGCGCUGCCGCUGCCGCCGCCGCCGCCCCCGAGAACGUCCCUCCUCCUGAGAAGCGACCCUUCUUCCGCUCGCUGUUCCCCUCCCGCACGCCAGGGGGCAGCAGAGCGGGCGCGCGCCACGCAACCGACGCCGCAGACCAGAACGCCACACCCUACGCCCGCGUGCUGCGCUCACGCCAGCCCUCUCCACCACCCAGCCCUGCCCUCGCACGCCGAGCCUUCAAAUACUGACACGCCAAAUAAAUCUCUUUUUAUAUGAUUUUAAGUUUUGUAAGAAAAAUUAAAAGAAAACGCCAAUGGAGUCGUGGAUAAUGGACUUUUUCUAAUAGUGUCCACUUUGUGCUUCAUUGAGAGUGUGACUCGGGUGUCUCUGUGAUGCUCACUGUUUAAUCACAGAUGUUGAACAGUUCCGGGGUGCGUUUGUUGAAAGCGUAGUUGCUAGCCAGUUAGCAACUUGGGUGGUUGGUUGCCAAUGGGAAAUUGCAUUGCAACCAUCAAAGUAGCUAACGUAGUUAGCAACUAGGGUUUUGAGAAAUGCACCCCUGGUUUGGGCUUGUGUGCUUGAACACUCAUGUAUUUAUCUACCACAGCUUUAAAUGUGCUGAGUGAAGGAUUGCAGGAUUUGGGCUCAUUUUUGGGAGGCUAGUGUUGAAUUGUCAUCGAUCAAUUUUUAAUUGAGAGAAUAAAUCCAUCAGCAACGGUGGGUUCAUGUUUUUGUUUAGGUGUUCUCAAUGCGUUUUGCCUUUCUAGCUUAUUGUAUGAUUAUGGCUCAGUAGUUUGCAGUAUAUUAUUCUUGAACGCUAAGUACAUAAUGAAAAAAAAAUAUUAUUGCAAUAUCAAGUAAAUUACUAAGAUGUUGUAGCCAUUUGUCUUUUUCUUAUUUUAACCAUUCACCCAGCCGUUUUAUAUAAUUCCUGUUUGGUUGCAUUCCCAAGAGAUUUUUCUUAUGUUCAACACCUAACAAAGUUGUCAGAUCUUGAACUUCAGUUCUGCUCAAAGCUGGAACUCAUCCACUUGGCUGCUUGUUCCUGUUGGGUGAGAGAGGCUCCGUGUGAGUGUGUGUGUUUGAGAGUUGAGUGUUUUAAGUCAGAUCUGGUGGAUGUUUUUGUCAGGUGUGUGUGCGCGCGCGCGCGCGUGGUAUUAUGUCUGUUACUGUUUUUGUCACCAUCAGUCAAGUGCACUCUGAACCAAUGCAGUUUGGUCAGCAGUAUUACUACUGUAGAAUUGAGCUCGGAUGUUGGAUCCCGGAUAAACCGCUUCCCAUAGCGAGUGAUGUGUAUGGGACACUGGUCGUCUGUUUUUAUGCACAUAAGAAUGAGGGGAAACAUGCAUGGCCUUCCUCCUUUGCACAUAAAGUAUACUGUUAAGUUUUCUUUUGUAAAUAAAA